CGGGGCUGUGGGUUGUGGGCAUGUAUCCGCCGGGAGGCGAGGCGGAGCUGGUCUCGGGCGCGCGCGGACGGGUUCCGAGGGCGCGACGGGCUGCUGCGCGCGGGGUCUUGAGUGGGCUAGAGGGCGGCCGGCUGGCGUGAGGGCUGGGUGAGGCCGGCGGACCGUGUGUGGAGGAGGGGGCCGCUGAGUGUGUCCGGGUCUCUGGGGUUUGAGAGGGUUGUGUGUGUUGAGGGUGGCCCCAGCCCGGAGCUAAGAGCCCAGAUUCAGGCCCUGGCAAGAUGGGAGGGGCCCGGGAGGAGUGGCAAGUGAGGACGAAUCAUCUUGUAUUGAGAGACAACGGAAGAGGGUGGCUUCCCCCUCCUCCAGGAUCGGGGAGGCACUGGACCCUGGAGAGGACCCAGGGCUGGUCUGCGGGUGCAGCCUCACCCCAAGACACCAUGGCAGCCCACACAGAGCUAUCGCAUGCAUCACCAGUUCUCCAAAAGGCAGCACAUGCUCUUAGAGUACACACCUCCAGCAUCUGUGCAUCACAACACUCGGUCCGGUGGUGGCCCUGCUCCUACACACACCAGGACCUGGGCCUUGAGGGGACCCUCCUUACUGACAUCCUCUACAGAGAUGUGGCCUUCCUCAACCUGGUCGACCCCAUCUCCCACGACCUGCUUGUGAACCUGGCCACCACCCCUGCCUCCACCUGGGACUCCACAGCUGCUGGGCUGGGACCCGAGCCCCAGGCCUGCUGCGCCAGGUGACCCACCACCCGCCUGGCUCAUUGCUACUGACUUGUGAUGCUCUCAAGCACAUGGUAGUGGGCCAUGAAGGUCGAGGAGGACUCACAGGCCCCCAGAGAUCCAGUGCAAAUGCUCAGCCUGAGAUUAAGGGGACAGAAGGAGAAUGGACUCAUAGGAGGCCAGGAGGCCAGCCCCGGCUAGAGGCUCAGGCUUCCCUCAGUGGGAGGAGCCCCAAUACCCAUAGCGUGGACCCCACAAUAAAGAGUGAUACCCGCCUCUGCUUUUCUGCA